CGCGCACUGUGUCCGACCGUAGGCCGCCCGGCUGGCGUCGCAGGAGGUGCCAGAGCGUACGCGAAGCGACAGGUGGUGGCAGCACUCGUUUGCGUGGACGAGCACCGCUCUGUCGGCCGGUGUUCUCCAAGGAGAGAAUAUUAGAGAUCAGCUGCGUCGAGUCAAAGCAGCGCAGGAGCAUUGUUGAUCCGUGAAGCUGUACACCGUGCGCUGAAGGAAUCAGAAAGACCACAUGCUAGUCAGUUCAUACCAGUUGACCCAUAGCGUCUUGUUCAGAAUUAUCGUUCUACAUCAAAGUCAUGGGCAGUGGGCAUCCAGAGCCGAUCCUCUCUACAGGGCAAGAUCCAACAGAGCCUUUCAGAGUUGCCUGCGUCGCAAGUGUGGCGCGGCGGCGAUGAGGAGGUAGCCGGCGCGGCGGGAUGCGGCGGGUGUGCGCCACGGGGCUCGUCCUGCUGCUCACCCUCACAGUGGCGGUGAGCUCGCCGGCGCCGCAGGGUCAGCACGGACAGCCGCAGGCGGGCUCCCCGUCGACGCCCAACCCGGGCGGCGGCGGCCCCAUCAUCCGCAGGGGCCGCGUCUGGCGCGAGUGGCGCCGCGGAGACCCCACGCUCAUCAACAGCCUCUGGAAGAGCAAGACGCCGCUAGGCAACGCUGAGCCGUACAUCGUGCUGGCGCUGCUGAUCGGCUUCGUGACGGUGGUGAUCGGCUGCUGGCUGUCGGACAACUGCUGGUCGCCGGAGCCGGAGCAGCUGGUGACGCUGGCAUAGCAGCAGAAGCAGCCGCAAAAGGCGCCGCCGCAGCUGCUGCG